AUGAUACUUGUUUCUUUCUUACUACUGAUUUUGCACCUAUUGAGUUCAAGUUGUGAUGAGUAUUUUAUAAAUGAUAAGAAUAAUGUGACUAAAUCAGAUGUGGAUUUAUUAGAAUUUCCAUUAAAUUUAGAGUAUAUGGAAGCUGAAUUUUUCUUGUGGGGUUCUUUGGGGUAUGGCUUAGAUAAGUUUGCACCUCAACUUACUGAUGGUGGACCAAAGCCUAUUGGUGUUAGGAUUGCUAAACUUAGCCCUCUUAUAAGAGAUGUCAUUGCUCAAUUUGGAUUUCAAGAAGUUGGACAUCUCAGGGCAAUCAAGGAAACAGUAACAGGAUUUCCAAGGCCACUUCUAAAUCUAAGCAGAGAAUCAUUUGCAACAGUGAUGAAUGAUGCAUUUGGACAUCCAUUACAACCAUCUUUUGAUCCUUAUGCUAAUGACAUCAACUAUCUCCUUGCCUCUUAUGUCAUCCCAUAUGUUGGACUUACUGGAUAUGUUGGAGCCAAUCCUAAACUCCAGAGUCCUAUUGCCAAAAGACUAGUAGCAGGACUACUAGGAGUAGAAUCAGGUCAAGACGCAGUUCUAAGAGCUUUGUUGUACGAGCGAGGGAGAGAGAAUGUGGAACCUUAUGGGAUAACGGUAACAAAGUUCACGAAUCGAAUAUCGGAGCUGAGGAACAAGUUGGGACGCCAAGGAAUUAAAGAUGAAGGACUUAGAGUGAAACCAAAAAUAGGUGCUGAAGGGAGCAUAAGGGGCAACAUACUUGCAGGGGGCAAGUACUCGCUUUCCUAUGACAGAACGCCGGAAGAAAUACUCCGGAUCGUGUACGGGAGUGGGCAGGAGAGUAAACCGGGUGGAUUUUACCCGAAUGGAGCAGAGGGUCGGAUAGCCAAAUCAUAUCUUUGAGUUGGAUGGAUGUAGUUAAUCAGAAAAAUGUAAAAAUGUUACUUCCUGCCUAUUGAAUGUCUAAUAAUAAAGUGGGUAGAAGUGAUGUUGGGUAUAUUUUUUGUGUUUUGAUGUCAAUUUAUCCC